GGGCCUGAUUGUCCGAAGGCGGUCCACUCCAAAGCAGACUAAAGAUAAGGGAAGAAAGAACAGCAUCACCGGAAACGGAAGCCGAAAACCGCCAUGGAAGGUGAGGACUUCGCCGUCGGCAGCUCCUUAUUCAUCAAGACCACCUUAGGUGACGAGUUCGAAGGCCAGGUCCUCACCUUUGACCGCUUCUCCAACAUUCUCGUGCUCCAUAUCCUUUUUUCUUGCCGAUUCUGUCUCUGCUGUUUCUUUCUCGUCUCAAUUUCCCUGUUGAUUUUCGUUUCAAAUUUAUGCUUUGGGGUCGAAUCCUGGAUAUUUGAGUUUCUUAACUUAGUGGGUUAUCACAAGAUAGCACGAAAUCGGGACCUAGGAAGAACAUUAGGCUGCUAAAGGUGAAUUACAUAAAGGAAUUCACGCUCUUGGGUCAAGCUGAAGAUCCACUCGACACCCGGAAUUGUUGUUUUGAUUUUAAUAGUAUUCAAUUUAGGGAAGAAUUAGCCAUUAGGCAUGCAGAGACAGAGGCUGAGAGAAUUGGAGUGGGUGUUACGAGUGAGGCCCAGAGCAUUUUUGAUGCUUUGUCUAAGACGCUUCCUGUGCGCUGGGACAAGACUGUCAUAGUUGUUUUGAAUGAGGUGCGUGUUAGUAGUCCAUAUCUUCCUGAAUCUGUAACUGGAGGAACUCCUGCAGCUAAUGAGCGAGUUAGGAGAGUGCUUGAGUUUGAGAGGAAAAGGCUGCAAGCUCGUGGUACCAGUCAGUGAUGACCUGACCUUCACAUUGCUGCCUCUGGCACUUUUACUCUUGGUACGAUGGAGGAAAGGGUAGGAAAGGGUUGGAGCUGGUUGUUGAGUUAAUUUACAAAAUAGUCAGUUAUCAGCUGCUCGUGUCAGGUGCAAUUACUGAUUUGCAAAACAAACCUUUACCUCUUGGAUAAUAUGUAAUGUCACAUCUGUAUGCACCAUAAUCUAUCUGGUAUCUUAUGCAGCUUGCCCUGCUACUUACUGUUAAGCAAUUUUGGUUUUGGGAAUCUGUUGCAGAUAUUACAAUUACUUCUUUAUUGAAGAAUUAUAUGAAAGUAGAGUUUCUUGUGGAAACUCAAUGUAUAUAUUAAUGCAUCAAGAGGGAUCAUAGGGGAAAAACAACAGAGAGACUGCUAGUAUUGGAAUGCCAUAGGUGAAUCUCUUUUAUGUCUUCCUUUUCAACUUAAAAAUGUUGAGUCAUUAGAAUUUCUACCUUAUGUGCUACGCUCCUCCAUUUUAGGAGUGAUUAGGAGACAGAGCACUGGUUAAGAGUGUGAAAGGGGGGAACUUGUUGAUCAAAAAAAGGGCUUUGAAAUUUGCAAAAGGGGAGAUUACCCCAUUUUUGAGUUUUAAUUAACGACCCAACUGGGUAAGAGUGUGAAAGGUCAGAGGAGGGAACUUGUUGAUUUGGGUUUGCAUUAUUCAUCCUGAUUUCAUCUAAAUUAACCUUUCUUUUUUGGCUUCUUUUACUUUACUUAAACAAAUUUAGUGUAUGGCAGGAUGAGCAGAAAUGGCAUUGAUAAAGGUGACGGUGCAGA